AUGCUUUUCGCUUUCUCUGCGCUCUGCGCCCUUACGCUCCUUACCCCGUGCGUUCACGCCGCCGCUCGCUUCAGGCAUGGGCUACAGCAGCUGGAGCAAGGGCUCGACAAGCGUCAGCUCGUCCCUCCCUCCAUCCCCUCAAUCGUGACUCUGGCUGUCCAGACCCCCAGCUCUACUGCCACGUCCAGUUCCACCGUGUAUUCAUACUACUAUCCCUCGCCCUCUGCUCUUCCAACACCAAUCACCCAGCAGAGCCAGGUCGAGACCACCUACAUUCCCAGAAUCACCACUUGCAAGGGUCCUCCUGUCGCCUUCGAGAUCCUGCAGCAGACCACCUUGCCUUUCCACAACUACACUUCCACCAUCUACGGCCAAGGCCCUAUUACCUGCGACACUCUUUACUACACUGAAACCACUACAAUCUGCGCCACAACCCUCCCCGGCAUCGCCAGCAGAAUCACCAUUUCUGAGUGCACCCAGGAUGUGACCUUCUCCAGCGACUUUGCCACCACCAUUGUGACGCCGCGCUCCACCGUGACUGCGAGCGAUGGCCAUCUCUCGACCAUCACAAACGCCCCAUCCAUCCAAUUACGCACUACUUACUACAUGGCUCCCUGGCAAUCCCUGACAGCGAACGUUGGCGUGCUGCCUGCCGAUGUUGAUGUCAAGGUCUGCCAUCCGCGCCCCGGCAACGACACCAUUGAGGACUGCAUACGUGCCGAGGAGUCCUGGGCCGUCCUUCCCGUCACAUUGACCUCCACCUACACCAGCUUCGUCGAUCUACUUGCCACCUUGACAGAAGGCCCUGGUGAAUAUGUUGUUGGUACUGUACACGGCCAAUUUGUAGGCAACAAGACAAUCGUAAGCCUCUCAACCGAGAUGGUCAUGAACUACGCCUAUGAAGCCGAAACUAUUAGUCGAGGACCCAGGAUCGAUCCCUUCGCAACCGAUGCUUCAUCGUCCGGCACACCAAGCAACGCUCUAGCUUUAGCCACUGCAACCUCGAGUAACACGACGCCGCUGCCAACAAUACAUCUAAAAAGCACCACUACAAGGACAAGAACGGUGCAGCUGGCCUCUUCAAGUGCCAUUGGGGAAACGGAACCAACCAUCCGCACGGAUUUCUCGACAGAAACUGUCUACAUCGGCACAUCUACUGUAUACGUGGACGAUGACCUCCUCUUUACUAAAUUACCAACUGCUGUUAUGUUAUUUGCAGAGAGCCUAACGUCAAGUACUCAAGAGUCAACCCUAGCAGUUUUUUCCGCUGUACUUCCAGCAAUCCUCAGCAGCACUCUUCGAAAAGAUCCAGCCAUCAGCUACACAGCCUCUCUCGACCAUUUUGCAAGGGGUGCCGUCGGCGACAACAGCCACGCCAUCCCCGGUUUCGAUCAAGUGGCUCAACACAACAAUGCCAGGACGACGAUAGUUUAA